AUGAUUAAGAAGAAUUUUAAAAAUUCAUCAUAAAGAAUAAAAAAAUUUUAAAUCUUACAAAACUACUUAAAGUAACUAGACCUCACAAAAUAAAAAGAUUAAAUAAAUUGCAUUCAUAAUUUAGAUAGAUUUGGUAUUUGCAAAUUUAUAUUUUAGUUGGAAUUUCCUUAAAAAAUAAUACAUAUCAUAUAUAUUUAAUUCUAAAAUUAAAAAUCCUGAGGGACAUUUAAAUUAUAGAAUACAAUUAAUGA